UUUCAAAGCUGUUAGCUUCUGCUUCAGUCAUUCAGUGUUGUCAGUGAUUGUCUUGUGAAGAAAAUUUGGAGUUGUGUAUACGUGUUAAACAUAAAAGCAAUCAUGCUGAGAUCACGUCUUACUAGUGUGCCGAAAACUAUUAAGCGUAACAUCAAUACCAACGUUCCUGCUUUACAGAAAGCAGUUGAUCCCAUACAACAGCUGUUCCUUGACAAACUCCGAGAAUACAAGUCAAAAAGCGUAGGUGGGAAAUUAGUUGAUCCCAGUCCAGAAAUUACAAAAGAACGAGAAUCUGAAUUAGAAAAACUUAGCAUACAAUAUGGUGGUGGUCCAGGAGUAGAUAUGACGCAAUUUCCUCAGUUUAAAUUUGUUGAUCCACCUAUAGAGACGAGUGUUAAAAAGUGAAUAUGCAUAUAUCGAUAUGUGUCAUAGGACAUUCAUGUACUGUUGAACUAUUAAAUAUUAAGUAAGUCAUCUUAAAAAUAUAU